ACCCAUCCAACUUCUUCAUCUAACUUAGCCUCCGUGUCUCCCCGGCGUCUUUCACGAGCAAAACCCACGCCAGCACAACCUUCGCACCGAAUCAGUCAGCCGCCAAGCGCAUUCAGGUGUGUCGCAACUCACAACCCACACACACACUCCCAACCCUUGUGCCCUGGCGCUGGUCUUCCUGUACGGAGUACAUACAUACACCAAGGUCGCAUUAAGCGCAUGCCAAACCGGUGCUCGAUUCGUCCGUCCAACCAGAGCCGUCCAUUGCCACGUUGUUGCGGUAUUCCCCUUCGCCCGAAAGGCUCAUUCACAAUCACCAACGCCACGUCCACGACCCCGUGGGGUUCGCAGCCUGAACCGGCUCAGCCAAGCACUUUUCCCCAACCCCAAGUCUACGGAUACCAAGACUCCAAGAGUAUUACAAGACAAAUCAUCUGCGACCUGCGCCUGCACCUGCUUGUGGGGCCUGACGUCGGAUUUCCAGAAGCGCCCAUCGCCUUCAUUGCAUCACACACCCUUCACUAACUCACUCAUCACUCACUCACUCACUCACUCGGUCAUCCUCUCACGCACCCGCACACGCACGCUCACACUCUCUUCUUUCCCUCCUUCCGCGCCGCCGCCGCCGCCUUCAUCGUAGCCGACAACCCGCUCACUCCCAGUAACAUCGAGUCGCAUCCCGGAACUAGUCCUCGAAUUCUAUUUCCUGCAUCCCCGUCAUCCUGCCUCGACUUCUCUUCACUUCUCGUGGUCAACACAGUCCCUUACAGUAGUAGCCUGUGGAUACUAUUGACAAUCCGAUUGUUUGAAGUGUAACGAGGUGAGUGACAGGUGCCCAUACUGACCUGUGCCUCUGUGUCUCUGCUUGUCCUCGUGCUAGACAGGUCCAUCUGACGGAUGCCUUCACCGGGGACGACCAGGCACCAUGUCUUGACCAAAGAGCCAGCCAUCUCUAACUAAGCUACUGUACAGAAGUCAACUUCAACUUGACAAAUCAUCAAUCUUGCCCGCAAUUUCUUCUCUACGCCAACUACGUUCAACAACUUCAUCUAAAAAGAUAACCAGCGGCCACAAACAGCUGGUUCGACUGCGCCGGUAGGUGACAUUGCUUUCCUUUCCCCUGUCUUGCUUCGUCUUUUAUCCAUAAAGUCUCGGCAGAUUACGAAACUGGCCGCACCCAUAUUAUCAUUUCGCAUCGGGCCUGCGGAGCGAGUUUCACAAGCCAAGCUCCCCUCUGCCUCCCAGGGCCUGACCCAGCCAGCACGGAUUUCCCGAAGUGCCAGUCCCCUCCCCGUUUCCUGUCUUCCGCCAGCCCAAUCAAGCGCUUGCUUCCGGCCUUGCGGUACGAUGCCUCAAGACCUCUGUUCCACAUGUGAAAGGUCGUCCUGUUCCCUCGAGAUGAGACCCCGGGACCCCAGAGUGAACUGGUAUCUGCAUGCCAGCCCCAUCCUAGUCGUCUUUGUGGGGGGUUCCACUUGAUCCCAUCUCGUCUGUACUUCGUACCUAUCCCAUCCGUCUUACAGAUGCGCCUCUCUCUCAGUAUACUAGUGCCUACCACCCUGACUUCACUUUGUCAGCCUCUCCCUCUCUCCUCCGAACUUCCUUAGGCCCGUCGAUAUAUCCCUAGUCCAUUCCCCUUCCUGUAGCCGAGCUGUCUCCUCUUUUCUCUCUUUCCUCCCUCCCUAUCUAUCACACUAUCCUCGGUCGUCCAGAUCUUGUAGCAUUGUCUAGUGUAAUGCCACCUUUUUGCUUUCAAGACUGCCACUAUUUCUACCGCACGGCGCUGCGCGGAUUAAACAUCAGCACCAACGUCUCGCCUCUCUACGCAUAAAGAAAGGACCUACCCUCCGCUAACAACCAUGCCCACUCAAGUCAGAAUCUUUUCGCGACCUAGGCCACUCGGCGAGACUCUCGGGAAGGCCAUUCCUCCUUCCUCAGUUCCCCGUUCCAUCCCAGACACUUCAGAUCUUUGGAAACAAGUCGAACCGUCAAAACCCAAGCAGAGCACAGAAGCCAUCCGCUCUAUGGCAGUAUACACAGACAAGUCCGUCGAGGGCGGUGUCACAUUCGCUGCCCAGGAAAAGCUCAAGCAUUUGCCUAUCCCCGAGUUGGAAGCUACCGCGCAAAAGUAUCUCACUGCCCUGAAGCCGUUACAGUCUGCGCGAGAACAUUCGGAGACCAAGCAGGCGCUACAGGACUUCCUGAAGCACGAUGGCCCGGCUUUGCAGGAAAAGCUGAAGACAUACGCACAGGACAAGACCAGUUAUAUUGAACAAUUCUGGUAUGAUUCAUACCUAAACUUUGAUAACCCGGUUGUCCUUAAUCUCAACCCGUUUUUCCUGCUGGAAGAUGAUCCCACUCCUGCAAGAAACAACCAAGUGACCCGAGCAGCGUCGCUCGUGGUGUCGGCCCUGGAGUUCGUGAGAGCAGUUCGCAAGGAAGAGUUGCCCCCAGACACGGUUAAAGGCCAGCCUCUUUGCAUGUACCAAUACUCUAGGCUCUUCGGAACAGCACGUGUACCCACGGAAAAUGGAUGCCAAAUCGAGCAGGACCCGGAGUCAAAGCACAUUAUUGUCAUGUGCCAUGGCCAAUUCUACUGGUUCGACGUUUUGGACGACAACAAUGAUCUCAUCAUGAGCGAGAAAGAUGUUUCCAUCAACCUGCAGACCAUCAUCGACGAUGCUGCCCAAACGCCGAUUCAGGAUGCGGCUAAGGGGGCCCUUGGCGUUCUCAGCACGGAGAACCGGAAGAUCUGGUCGGGACUGAGAGAUGUCCUGACACGUGAGGAAGGUUCAAACAACGCCGACUGCCUGGGCAUUGUCGAUUCGGCCCUUUUCGUUCUGUGUCUCGACUACACUGAGCCGGUUGACGCCGACGCUCUUUGUGGUAAUAUGCUGUGCGGCACCAGCUUGGUCGAGAAGGGUGUGCAAAUCGGAACCUGCACUAACAGAUGGUACGACAAGCUGCAAAUCAUUGUAUGCAAGAACGGUAGCGCCGGAAUCAACUUUGAGCACACCGGUGUCGACGGUCACACGGUGCUGCGGUUCGCCAGCGAUGUGUACACGGACACCAUCCUCCGCUUCGCCCGGACCAUCAACGGCCAAGCCCCGACCCUCUGGGCCUCCACCAGCCCGGACCCGGCGAAGCGCGAUCCGGACAGCUUCGGCGAGGUCAACACAACGCCGCACAAGCUCGAGUGGGACAUGAACCCGGAGCUCAGCGUCGCUGUUCGUUUUGCAGAGACCCGUCUCGCCGACCUUAUUGAGCAAAAUGAGUUCAAGACGCUCGACUUUAAGCACUACGGCAAGAAUUUCAUGACCUCGAUGGGCUUCUCCCCCGACGCCUUUGUGCAGAUGGCCUUCCAGGCCGCCUACUACGGGCUCUACGGCCGUGUCGAGUGCACCUACGAACCCGCCAUGACCAAGAUCUUCCUCCACGGCCGCACCGAGGCCAUCCGCAGCGUCUCGGACGAGUCGGUCAACUUUGUCCAGACGUUUUGGGCCGACAACCCAGCCGAGCACAAGGUCGAGGCCCUGCGGAAGGCGUGCCAGCGACACGUCAACAGCACGCGCGAGUGCGCCAAAGCAGAGGGUUGCGACCGCCACCUCUACGCCCUCUUCUGCACCUGGCAGCGCUCCAUGGACGAUGAGCUCUCCGGCAGCUCCAACGGCUACUCGAGCCCCAUCGACGCCCUCUCGGAGCAGGACGUCAGCGAGUCCGCCGUCGGGAGCCCCGGCCGGGAUUCGGUCCUCUCCCUCAACGGCGCCGAGCUGCAGUCCUCUUCUACGGGCCGCGCACGCGGCGACAGCACCAACUCGCGCAACGGUAACAACCAGGCCUCGAUGCCACAAAUCUUCGCCGACUCAGGCUGGGACAAGCUCAACAACACAAUCAUGUCAACAUCAAACUGCGGCAACCCCUCCCUGCGCCAGUUCGGCUUCGGCCCCACGUCGGGCGACGGCUUCGGCAUCGGGUACAUCAUCAAGGACGAGAGCAUCUCCAUCUGCGUGUCGAGCAAGCACCGCCAGACAAAACGCUUCGUCGACACGCUCGAGAGCUACCUCCUCGAGGUGCGGCGGAUCCUCCGCAUCACGUCCCGCCGCGGCACCGGCGGCGCGGGCAUGGGCGCCGCCAAGCAGACGCGCGCGCGCGAGCUCGAUCUCCAGGCGAGGCCGAAGCCGCCCAAGGGAAUCAAGUCGCGCGGCCGCCUUAUCACGGCGCACGACGCCAUCAAACCUUCUGUUGCGAGGUCUUCGACGGGCACGCAGUCGCCUACGGAGGAGAGUGUUACGCUUAGCGAGGAUGACGAGCUUGGAGGAUACGGCUUCUUUGACGCAGGCAUGCUCCUCCAAGCACUGAAGGCUCGCGGAGAGAACAUGGAUCCCGGAGAGACGAAACCCUCUGAGCGUGCGGCGGUACAGGCGCGUCGGAGGGAGAUAGGGAAGAAGCUGCGGCUGAUUGACUACUAGCGUUGUCCGUAUGGACGGGUGGAAGCAUCGUGGGACCGUGACUGCGCCGUAUCACAGGGGAAAAUGCUGUGGAAUCUGCUGCGUGUGUGAGUUGAUCUGUGUUGGUAUACACGUCAGCAGAGCAAGGUCUUUUUUGGCCAGUACGAAGCUCGAUACUCGUAUUUUGAAGCGUGUAAAUAGGGAUUUGAGGAAGAGGUUUACCCCUUUGGAUACAUAGCACGCGAAGGAGGGAAG